AGUUGAAUGAUGUUAUCAUAAUUAAAUUUAACAAUAUGAUUGUACUUUGGUUUGCUUUUUAAAAGAAUAAAAUGAACGACAUUUAACGUAGAAAAAAAAGAACAAUGACCAGCGACGUGGAAUCUCGUCAAACUAAGUCCAACUUGCCAUUGGGCCAAGAGGAUGCGGCCAAUUGCAAAGUAUGCGAUGCUCCGUUUAAGACACUGCAAGAGUGUUUGGCACACGAGUUACUCAAGCACACAAUCAAGCCACAGAAGAAGCUGCGAAAAUGCCUCGAUGCCGUCACCAAACUCUUUGCCAGCGAACAAACUCAAUCCGAACGACGCCUGCUGGAGGCAUUGCUAGUCCAGUCACCACCUGGACAGCAACUGCGUGCUGUAUUGGGAUUCUAUGCUGGCAAUAGUGCUGCAUUGGCGGAAUGUUUUCAGGAAGUGCGCAAGAACAUACAGAAUCAGAUGCAGGGCAAAGUUAAGGUCUAUCCAUUUGGCUCGCUUGUCACUGGUUUGGCUUUGAAGGAUAGCGAUAUUGAUUUGUAUUUGGAAUCCAUUCACGGCAACUCGAAUGCGAUAUCGCAUAGUCAAUUGUACAAGAGAACCAACAGCUUUUUGCGUCGCACGGGUUGCUUUUCAGAUGUGAUUACCAUACGACAUGCUCGAGUUCCAAUCAUUCGUUGCAAGCAUGUGGCAAGCGGCUUGCGUCUCGACAUCAGCAUGUCCAGUCCGAAUAGCACCCAUAAUUCUCGCUUUGUGGCCGAACUGUUAAAUCGAGAUGUACGCCUGCGUGAGCUGUUCUUGUUCCUAAAGAUUUGGGCCAAGAAACUGAUGAUUAUUAGCAAUGUCAUGACAAGCUAUUGCCUGAUUACGCUCAUCAUUUAUCAGCUGCAACAGCAACGACACUUGCCCACGAUUAAGGAGCUGCAGUCUGGCAUUCCUGUCUUGGAUAUUGGAGGCAUUAACUAUGCGUAUAGCUUUGAGCGUGUGCCAGCUUUGCCGGCUAGUUUGACCACCUUUGAUCUGGUCAGCGGAUUCUUUGAGCUCUACAGUCACAUGGACUUUGAGAAGAAGAUGCUGUCGCCGUAUUUGGGCCAUGCCUUGGAUGUGGAAGCAGCGUUCACGGUGCCCGGCAACUUUCCCGAAUACAAUGCCCAAGUGUUAGCCAUCGAGACUGCCAUGCAAGAGCGCAUCGAACCGUUUAAUAUUGAACGUUGCGUUUGCGUGCAAGAUCCAUUUGAGCUAACGCGUAAUGUGGGUCAAUCCAUAUCACAAACGAAUCUAUACUAUCUCAAUCAGUGUUUGGCAGCGGCAAACGAGGCAUGCAAUGAUACUAAACUAAAGUCAACGCCGCCCAAAUUUUAUGACUACUUGCUGUUUGGGCUUGCCGAGCAUCUGGUGGAGGAACAUCGCUUGGAACACGUGCUCCCAGCUAAGCAACGCAAACAGAUGCCAAAGAAAGAAGUGAAGACUGUCGAUGCAGUUGCAGAUGCUGUUGCAGUUGAAGCUAAGGCUGAUGUUGCCUCUACAACUGUAGCUGCCAAAGCGGAUGAACCAUCGUCCAAGGAUGACAGAAAACCAACGGUUACGGACAAUAGUUGUAUGCCAUUGAUGCAUGUUUAUACACUCACACCCACCAAUAAUGAUCUGAAGACUUUGAAAUCCGAUGUCUUGAGCAAAGCUCGCAAGCAAACGAAAUCAAUUUAUUAUUUAUGGGUUGAAUGCUAUGUGGACGCUAUUAAGGAUAUUUUAUCGCAUAUUUAUGCCUUAAGUAUGAAAGAGUUGGAUGCGAAUGUACCUGCCACAGACACAAAUGCCCUCCCAUUAAACAUGACCUGGCAGAUAAGCACAACAUUGGAUACUUGGAGUGCGCGGAACUUUCAACGCAGCACAAGGCAAUCUUUCUUUGCCCAGCAGCUGCAGCAAACAGUUGAGUUUAGCAAAACACGACCUCAGAAUCCUAGCUAUGUUGUCAAUAUGCGUGGUCACCUCUCGCUGAUCAUCGCUGAGGACUACAAAGAGCUCCGCCUCGAACUGCAGCCGAUGCCCGGCGAUGCUUUGGGUCUUCAGCGACAUAGUCCGCUGACCAAGUUUUUCAAGUCACUGAAGAAUAUGCUCUGCAACUAUAACUUUAAGGAGAAGGUCAUCAGUUUUCAAUAUGAGCGUUGAAUUUGUCUUCUGAAUAUAUUUUAAGAGAUCUUGGAAAUUUACAAUUAUUGGCCGCCAAUCAAUAAUGUAAUCUACUAUAUAUAUGUAUAUACGUAUGUAUAAAGACAUUUAAAAUUUUAGGUUACCUGACUUAUUCAGAAUAAAUUGAAAUUUCUCGACUUUAUUAAUUCUUUA